GAACUUUCUGGCAUUGAUAUUCGGGACGUACCAAGCAGACGUCGUGUUACUUCACUUCAGUGCAGACCGUUAGACAGCUCAGUGGAUUGUGUUUCGCCGUGCGUUCUAUAUUGUCCUGCGGACGCGUCAAGACUCUUCCCUAAAUUUGGUGAGAACGUUCCACCAUGAAGUUAUUCUUAGCGGGAGUGGUGUGCCUUCUGGUCGCCAAUUCAUUGGCUGCCAAAGACGAGAAGGACAAGGCAAAGGAGGUUGGAACUGUAAUUGGUAUUGAUUUGGGAACCACAUACUCCUGUGUUGGAGUUUACAAGAAUGGACGUGUGGAAAUCAUUGCCAAUGACCAGGGUAACCGUAUUACUCCCUCAUAUGUGGCUUUCACUGCUGAGGGUGAACGUCUGAUUGGUGACGCUGCCAAGAACCAGCUUACCACCAACCCUGAAAACACUGUCUUUGAUGCGAAGCGUUUGAUUGGUCGUGAAUGGACAGACACCACUGUCCAGGCUGACAUCAAGUUCUUCCCCUUCAAAGUAAUUGAGAAGAACAGCAAGCCCCAUGUUGUGGUCAAGACUGGUCAGGGUGACAAGACCUUCGCCCCUGAGGAAAUCUCUGCCAUGGUUCUCGGCAAAAUGAAGGAAACCGCUGAGGCUUACCUCGGAAAGAAGGUCACUCACGCUGUUGUCACAGUGCCUGCCUACUUCAAUGAUGCCCAGCGUCAAGCUACUAAGGAUGCUGGUACCAUCUCAGGUCUCCAGGUUAUGCGUAUCAUCAACGAACCCACAGCUGCUGCUAUUGCUUACGGCUUGGACAAGCGUGAAGGAGAGAAGAACGUCCUUGUCUUCGAUCUUGGUGGUGGUACUUUUGAUGUGUCUCUCCUGACCAUUGAUAACGGUGUCUUUGAGGUCGUUUCCACCAAUGGUGACACUCACUUGGGUGGUGAGGACUUCGAUCAGCGUGUUAUGGAUCAUUUCAUCAAGCUGUACAAGAAGAAGAAGGGCAAGGACAUCCGCAAGGACAACCGUGCUGUUCAGAAGCUGCGUCGUGAAGUUGAGAAGGCUAAGCGAGCGCUCUCCUCCAGCCACCAGGUCCGCAUUGAAAUUGAAAGCUUCUUCGAGGGUGAUGACUUCUCUGAGACCCUUACCCGUGCCAAGUUUGAGGAGCUGAACAUGGAUCUCUUCCGCUCCACCAUGAAGCCUGUGCAGAAAGUCUUGGAAGAUGCUGACAUGAACAAGAAGGAUGUUGAUGAAAUUGUGCUUGUCGGAGGUUCCACCCGUAUUCCCAAGGUUCAGCAGCUUGUCAAGGAGUUCUUCAACAACAAGGAGCCUUCCCGUGGUAUCAACCCUGAUGAAGCUGUUGCCUACGGUGCCGCUGUUCAGGCUGGAGUGCUGUCUGGUGAACAAGACACUGAUGCUAUUGUCCUUUUGGAUGUUAACCCUCUUACUCUGGGUAUUGAAACCGUUGGAGGUGUCAUGACCAAACUGAUUCCCCGCAACACCGUUAUCCCCACCAAGAAAUCCCAGAUCUUCUCCACUGCUGCUGAUAACCAGCACACCGUCACCAUCCAGGUUUAUGAAGGUGAACGCCCCAUGACAAAGGACAACCACCAGCUGGGUAAAUUCGACUUGACUGGCAUUCCUCCUGCACCUCGUGGUGUUCCUCAGAUUGAGGUCACCUUCGAAAUUGACGCCAACGGUAUUCUGCAGGUGUCUGCUGAAGACAAGGGCACUGGAAACCGUGAGAAGAUUGUCAUUACCAAUGACCAAAACAGACUGACCCCUGAAGAUAUUGACCGUAUGAUCAAGGAUGCUGAGAAAUUCUCCGAUGAGGACAAGAAGUUGAAGGAGCGUGUUGAGGCCAGGAAUGAGCUGGAAUCUUAUGCCUACUCCCUGAAGAACCAGCUUGCUGACAAGGACAAGUUGGGUGCUAAGCUGAGCGACUCUGACAAGACCAAGAUGGAAGAAGCCAUUGAAGAGAAGAUCAAGUGGUUGGAUGAGAACCAGGACACUGAAACUGAAGCCUACAGGAAACAGAAGAAGGAGCUUGAAGAGGUUGUCCAGCCCAUCAUUGCCAAGCUGUACCAAGGAGCCGGUGGCGCCGGAGCCCCUCCACCAAGCACCUCAGACGAUGAUGAACUCAAGGAUGAACUCUAAAGACUGUUGACAUUAACUUAGGAGAUUAAUUAAUUUUCAUGGACUGCCCCAAAGAAGUUCAUGAGUUAAAGACAGUAACAAAGUGAAGAGCCCAGAAUGUGACAAGUUCUGAUUUUGUGCUGGAACUGCUGUGAUUUAUUUGUAAAAUAGUUUGCCAGAGCACAAGGUGCUGAUGCUCUAUGAAGGAGGUCUUCUGCAAUGCUUCCAGUAGAGCACAACGAUCAUCAUUAUCUGUUACUUUUUUAAAAAACUUAACUUCAAAUUUUUACUUUGCCCAAUGUCUCAAUUUUAGUUUUGUCCUCAUUAUUUUGCUUACAACACACCAGCACCAGAGCAAUCCAUUUGAGUCAUCUCCUUAAGAAUCAUUUUCAUCUCUAGCUUGUUUUUCAAUUUCUCGCAGUAUUGAUUAUGGUUUGCUCUCGGGUACUUGUGUGUUGAGCUUCCAGUUCUGUGGAGCACAUGCCUUACUGUUUCAGUUGGGCGAUGCAAAACACCUCAGGACUGACAAUACUGUGGCGUGUCCCAGUUCGUUUGACUGAACCCCUGUGAUGUGUGUCUUGUGUCAUUUUUCAUUCCGAAUUUCUGCUGCAUUAUUUAUUAACUCAGAUGCCAAAGUCUGAUGUUAUCUGUUAGUACAAGCAAUUUAUGUAUGAAUUUAUGUGUGAAUUCCUUUAAUAAAUUAGUGUUAUGUCUCGA